GUAACGUUUGGUUGUUGUUGGUGGGUACCGCGCGGCGUUGCCGCGCGUUGUCGCCUGUCCCCACCGCGCAUCGAUCCGCUCCGCCCAGCGCUCGCUCCUCCCACCUGCCCUGCCCUCCACCCGCCACCCCCGCGGCCUUUGUCGCGCCGCCCGCGCGGUCACCUGUGUCGCACGUCCUCAGUCGCGCACGGACCGCGUCGCGCGCCGCCCGUCUCGCGCUGCACUAUUAUGACACUGACGUGAUGGAAGGCAAAGAGUUUGCGUCCGGCCUGCCCGCCGGUUUGGACUAUUUCAUGAUGCCUCGUGUGAGCCAACCGGCGCCCCAGUUCGACUUUAGAAAAUUAGGAGCCAGCUUUAGUGGAAGAGAUGAAGACAGGAGUGACGAGAGGCGCUCGCCCGACUACCAGGACCGCCGCGAGCCGCCGCCCGCGCCCUGGCCGCUCGGGCUCGGAGUGCAGUUCGUCAAUCCCGCCACCGGCAAGAAGCGCGUGCAGUGCAACGUCUGCCUGAAGACUUUCUGCGACAAGGGAGCUUUGAAAAUUCACUUUUCGGCGGUGCAUCUGAGGGAGAUGCACAAGUGUACAGUUGAAGGGUGCACGAUGAUGUUCAGUUCGCGGCGUUCGAGAAAUCGGCACAGUGCUAAUCCUAAUCCGAAGUUGCAUUCGCCGCAUGUGAGGCGGAAGAUAUCGGCGCAUGACGGUAGGUCCGCGCAACCUUUCCCGCUGCUGCCGGCGCUGGCGCGGCUGCCGCUGCCGCCGCCCAGCUUACUACCGCCCGAGCUGGCGGCUCGUCUGCCUCCGCCGCUGGCCGGCCAUGGCCCGACACCUCUACCUCCGCGAGUGCCCCUCGAUAACCUCCGUAACUUCAGUGAAAUUGAAAAAAUGUAUAGAAAGUUCCCACAACCGGAAGAACAUUCCCGCGGCGUGUUGGAUCUCGCUAAACCGCCAAUUUCCCAGGAGGAAGAAUCUUACGACAGUGACAACAACGAUGACAUUUCUGACGAUGAAAAUAAAGUUAAGUGUGAAGAGAGAGAUGAGUCCCCGGUCGAAGAGAGACUUAAUUCGUACGAGGACGAACCGGAAGAUUUGAGUGUAAAUAAAAAGAAAGAUGAUACCAAACCGACAGCCGCGUCUGAAAUUAGUCGCAAUGAACCCACCGUAUCGGACGACAAGUCGUCCCUCGUUCCUAAUAAACGUAAACGGAAAAGCGGCAACCCCACUCGUUGUUCUCAGAAUAACGAGUACAAUGUGUCCGACGAGGAAUACCACAGCGACAUGUUUAGAAAUAUUUCAACGCCGGGUUCUAGCCGCCCGGAUGACGAGCCGCUAUCGCUGAAAAAACAAAAACCUGAAAAGUGGGAGCCCUUUCAGAACGGAGAAGAAGCAACUGUGGACUCGGAAUCGAUAACACGUGUGAAAGCCGAAAGUGAAUCUGACGACGAAUCCAGUGCGCCGAGCGUCGUCCGCGAGGGCCUGAGACUGAGGUCAGAUCUGUACACGCCGAGCGACAGCGGGAGCGACUUGCACGCGCUGGAGGAACGGCUAGCGCGAGCACGGUCACCUUCCGCGAGCAGCGACCGCACCGACGACCGGACGGACCUCAACGAUCUCGAGAUACCCAUUGACGACGAAAACCCGGACAGGUGCACCGCAUGCGGAAAAGUGUUUCAGAACCAUUUCACCCUGCGCAUGCAUUACAGAAACGACCACUUGAAGUUGCUACAUCCCUGCGAUGUUAACGGCUGCGACGCUGCCUUCCCCUCGCGGCGGAGUCGCGACCGGCACAGCUCAAACGUCGACUUGCACCGCCGCCUACUCUCCACAAACUCCCCCGAUGGCCGAGAACAAAGACCGGGAUUCGAAAUGAACACAGAACUGUUAAACAAAUUGUACGCAGACAUAAAAGGCCUAGCGUCGACCCUUGAAAGCUUGCGAUACGGUGGCAACGAAGAUGCCUCUCAAAUUCCAAGUUACGUGUCAGAAACGAUGAAGUUCUAUAGUCGGAACUUGAGUGCGCUACAAGCGGGUUUGUUCCCACAGUUGGGCGAGCGGGGUUUUUUUCCGGGCCCUUUUCUGAUGAAUAAUGGGGUGCAAGGGGGCGGAGGGCCGUACGGAGCGCCAGCGGGAGCGCAGUCGGCGCGCGAGUCGCUCUCGCCGCUAUCUGCGUCGUCACCGCCGGUGCUGUCACCGGGCAGGCUCGACGCCGCGCACGCCCGCUCCAGAGAGGACGCCAAGCUGCUUUUUCGAGAGAGCUCGGAGUCCUACAAGAAGAUGACAUCUCUGUGCGAGCGCCAGGAGCAACUCUACCAACACCACGUUCCGGUGUCAUGACGCCGCCACGCGCGCUCCUCCUGGUGAAGCGAGGCGCAACGGACUCUGUAUAGUUAAUUGUUAAUAAUAUUAAUUGAGUUAAUUCUAUUUCGUAUUUCGUUUUGUAUUUCCUUGUGAUAUUUAGACAAAUAUAUCGUAAUUAUCGAUCCCACGAACUGUAAGUUAUAGGGACAGUACCGCUUGGAGGCAGUGAAGUGCAGUGCAAUAUGGACUCGGGUGUUACGAAUGGUAAUGCCGAGCGCGGGCGGACGAUAUGAUAUCGUGUAGAGUAUUUGUAAUCGAUGUUGAAAGUAAACGUUAUAAUGAUCAGCUUCAUUUAUUGUUCUGGCGCAAUAAAGUCAUUGAGGAAAAAAAAUAAUUGUUUUUAUUUACAUUAAGUUGGUGUCUGAAUCGAAUGGGUGAUCGGACGGAUCAUUAAUCUUUGCUUCAUUUGCAUUAAAAAGGUAGUCUGAAUCCGAUGAUUUAAGCAAUAAUAACAGCUCUGGGCGAUUACGACUUUAUUUAUACAACCAGAAUCUAAUAAGGAAUGAACUUGUUUGACACAUUAAACUUUUACGACAGCAGAUUCACCAUUCAACCGUCACGAAAUGAGAUAAAAUAAGGAAAUAACGUAAUAAUCUCC